AUGUUUGACCACUUGAUCGACCAAGUAUCGCAGGUCUACCCACCAAAGCCAUCCUUUGUCGAAACAGAACUAUCAGACCUCCAUGGAAAGGUGUACCUUAUAACCGGCGCCAACACUGGUGUUGGCAAAGAACUCGCCAAAAUCCUCUACGCCAAAAAUGCCAGCGUAUACAUCGCCGCUCGCUCAGAAGAAAGGGCCCUAGCUGCCAUAAAUGAAAUUGAAACAUCUUCACCACAGUCCAGUGGCAAGCUGGCAUUCUUGCAGCUCGACCUCGCAGAUUUGACCACAAUUCCAGCCUCAGCCCAGAAGUUCCUCGGCAGGGAAUCCAAGCUGCACGUUCUUUUCAACAAUGCUGGCGUUAUGAAUCCAGGCAAAGGAUCAAUUACAAAGCAAGGCUACGAGCUUCAACUAGGAGUGAAUAAUAUCGGCACCUACUUCUUCACUAAACUUCUAUCGCCUAUCCUCGUUGAAACAGCCAAGUCAGAGAAACCUGGAACCGUACGCGUGAUAUGGGUCGCCUCAUCCGCUGCUGAGUCGCCGGCCGUCCCCAAGGGAGGCGUUGACAUGAAAACGAUUGGUAAGCGGACUGAGAUGGGUGACUUUACAAGCUAUGCUCUUAGCAAAGCAGGCAAUUAUCUGCAUGCCGUUGAAAUGGCGAAGCGUUUCAAGGAUAAAGGGGUAGUAAGUAUCGCCUUGAAUCCAGGGAAUCUCGAUUCGGAGCUGUGGAGGACCCAGGGGGCGAUUGCUUCAAAGUUCCUCAAGGCGUUUGUCUUGCAUCCGCCUAAAUAUGGUGCUUAUACAGAGUUGUUCGCUGGGUUAUCGCCAGCUGUCACAAUGGAGCGUAGUGGCGAUUGGGUUGGUCCAUGGGGGCGAUUUUUGAGUGUACGAGGCGAUCUGAAAAAGGCCUCUGAGGAAGAGAGCAAAGGUGGUCUGGGGACUUCCAAGGCCUUUUUGGAAUGGACUGACGAACAAAUACGACAAUAUGAGUAA